ACGAACGGGACGCUUUCUGGCACCCGGCCAGCCUUACCCCCCGGGAAACCUCAGGUAGCGUGCCGUGGAACCCAGCCUGACCCCGACUGACGCAAUCCAUAGCCCCCGCCCCCGUACAUGAAGGACAAUGUCAACAACUUCUAUGGUACGGCGCCUGACCACGGCCGGCAGAAGGGGCCCGUGUUGGGUUCGCCAAAUGCCACGAGACACGGCCUGAUGGAGGCCAGCGAUAACACAGACGAUUACUGGCUGUCGAGCAUGGGGAGUGCUGGCGUGAUGCCUCUCGCCCCGUCGAACUAUCAGCUCUUCCGCAAUGUUAAGGACUUCGGAGCAGUAGGCGACGGAGUCACUGACGACACGGCGGCCAUCAAUCGUGCGGCUGCCACCUAUGGGCUGGACGAUACGACCAGUCUGCGUUGUGGCGAAGACUGUGGCUCGACCUCCAUUCUCGGGGCCGUCGUCUAUUUUCCCCCAGGCACCUAUCUGAUCAGCACCCCCAUCAUCCAAUACUACUACACGCAGUUUGUGGGCAAUCCCACCGACAAGCCCACCAUCCUGGGCUCAGAGAACUUCACCGGCAUUGCCCUCUUCGACACGGACUUCUAUAUCCCGGGGGGCAACGGCUCGGAAUGGUACAUUAACCAAAGCAACUUCUAUCGCCAGAUCCGUAACUUCGUCUUCGACAUGAAAAGCAUGAAUUGGACCAACACUGAUAACAAUCAGACCUAUGUUCCAGCCGGCAUCCACUGGCAAGUCGGCCAGGCCACGAGCAUCACCAACUGCGACUUCCAGAUGUCGGUCUCGAGCGGUUCUCAGUCGGCCACUGCCGUGGGCAUCUUCAUGGAGAAUGGCAGCGGGGGCAUGGUCUCGGAUCUGACCUUUACGGGAGGCAAUAUUGGCUUUCUCGCUGGCAGCCAGCAGUUUACCGCCAUCAACCUGCAGUUCACGUCCUGUUUGACCGCCAUCAAGUCUAUCUGGAACUGGGGCUUCACCUGGAAGAACAUUUACGUGCUCUCAUGCUAUAUCGCCAUCGAUGCCACAGAGUUCUCCGGCGUCGAUGACCAAGGCACCGGCUCGAUCGCUGUCAUCGACUCGCAUUUCAACGGUGUACCUUAUGCCAUCACAGUAGCCAAGGAGGACAACGAGCAGCCGAAUAUUAUCCUAGACAACCUGCUAGUUGAAGAUUCUACCUCAGUGGUGCUUGUAUCCGGCGGCGAUACUAUUCUGGAGGGCUCCUCCGGAUCCUUGUACUACAACUCCUGGGCCAACGGCUACGAGUAUUUGCCCGACGGGAGCGGUGGUAUCCUGACUGGAUUCAUGGACCCGGCCCCUGACAAGCCAGAGUCACUGCUGGAUAGCUCAGGCGGAUACUUCCGGCAAGCGAAGCCGCAGUACACGGAUGAAACCCCGAUCGUGGCGACAGAGAAUGGGGUGUCGAAUGACAUGAGUGGCGACCAAGCGUCGGCGAUCAAUACCCUUCUAGCCGACAACGUGGGAUCAGUCAUCUUUUUUCCAGCCGGUAUCUACCUAGUCGAGGACACCAUCAAGGUUCCCGUGGGCAGCCGCAUCAUCGGUUCAGCCUGGAGCCAGAUCAUGGGGACGGGCUCCGCCUUCCAAGAUGAGAAGAACCCGAAGGUGGUGGUGCAGGUGGGCGAGGUGGGCGAUCAAGGCACCAUUGAGAUCACCGACAUGCUGUUCACGGUUCAGGGUCCGACGGCCGGCGCCGUCCUGAUGGAGUGGAAUGUCCACGAGAGCACCCAAGGCAGUGCGGCCAUGUGGGAUAGUCACUUUCGUGUUGGGGGCGCCAAUGGUACAAAUCUAGGGCUGAAUGAGUGUGCGGCCGGGUCCGGGGUCAAUACGGACUGCAUGGCGGCGUCGCUGAUGCUACAUAUCACCAGUUCGGCGUCGGCCUAUUUGGAAAACGUGUGGGCGUGGGUGGCCGACCACGAUCUGGACAGCCCGCUGAAUUCAGCGGCGUCAGAGAGCGACGCCGGAGUACCGCUCAACGUCGAGACAGACAUCUCCGUUUAUGGUGGUCGGGGCAUCCUGAUCGAAUCGCAGGGACCCAGCUGGCUGUACGGCACGGCCAGCGAGCACUCGCAACUGUAUCAGUAUGAGCUGCUCAACGCCUCGACCAUCUACCUGGGCCACAUGCAGACUGAGACCCCCUACUACCAGCCCAGCCCUAAUGCGCUGAGCCCCUACACCAUCGGCCUCUUCUCUGGCGAUCCCACUUUCUCCGACUGCUCCGAUGAUAUCUGCCGGGGCGCCUGGGCCCUGCGCGUGCUCAACUCGACCGACAUCUUCAUCUACUCGGCUGGCUUCUACUCGUGGUUCAAGGACUAUGAUGAAAGCUGUGUGGACGACGCGACAUGCCAGCUGGCCCUGGUGGACACCAACUAUGCCAACGGGCUCUGGCUCUACAACCUUUUCACCAAGGGUGGCGUCCAGGUCGUGUCCCCCGAGGGGGGGUUGGAGCCGCUGUACUUCAACUCAACCACGCAGGAUGGAUACACCAGCGAGAUCGCUGCGUGGCUGGCGCUGGCUCAAGGGGGCGAGGACAUUGGUACAACCAGUAACACGUCAGGCAGUGUCUACGUCGACCCGUCCAUCUGGAACGAGAGCAGCCCGGUGAAUGUGUCGUGCUGGGAGCCGUGCGAGUACAUCCUGCCUCCCAUCGUCCUGCCCACCAACACAACCUUUGUCUAUCCCACUCUCGUCACGCCCGUUGUCAUCGGUGAACCGGUGCCGACGUGGUAUGUCUACAAUGGUAACACCACCACCACCACCGAGUAUGUCACCAGCACCACCACCAUCACCGUCGUCGUCCCCGCCGUCACGACCUCGACGGUCAGUCAGUGGAACGUCGCCAUCGGUUCCGGCACCACCUCGACCGUCAUCACCGCGUCUCCCAGCAUCAUCGCCCCGGCCUUCAACGUCACCUAUCCCCCCUUCGUGUGGAAUAGCACCACCUAUCCUCCCGCAGUCUACCCCUUCUACCCGCCCCCCUGGCCGGGUACUGACGUCCCCACGCUGACGGUCGCGACCACCAGCCCGGAUGUCGUCACCUGGGUCAGUGGCGGCGCCACCUGGGUGACCACCCUGCCAGCCUCGACCACUUCCUCGACCACUUCUUCCUCCACCACCGAUACCGGGUCCAAGACCACCGGGGGUGGCAGCGACGACGAUCACCACCAUCACCAUAUCACCCAUCACCGAGGUGCACCGCACCCGACGUGUCUAAACUCCAAGCUUUGCGGGCAUAAGUGCCAUGAAGGUCUGCUGGGCCGGAUCUUCAAUGUAUGCCAUCCAUGCUGGGUUGGCUGUGGUGGAUCUAGCUCGCCCAACGACGAGCCGAACAAUCCUAACAGCGAUCCGGAUGACUCCAGCAGCUCGUCGUCCUCCAAUUGUGAAACCGCCACGUACAGUUCCUGUAGCACUGCCUGCAUCACUGCCUCCCCAUCGGAUAGCUGCACCUCCACCUGCAAGGAAGUCGUCGGCUGUGACACCACCGGCACCUCCAACAGCUUCACUUGGACCCCAGCGCCGCUCUUCACCGGCACGCCCGAUUCCUGGUCGGACUACGCCAUAUCCGGGUCAGCCCUGUCGGAAUCCGAAUGGUCAGCCGCCGGUGCCAUCUACUCCGAGUUCACGACCAUCACCGGCGUCGACACCCCAACGACAACGGCAGCAGCACCGACAGGCACUGCGACAGGCACCGCUGCCACCGGAAGCGCUGGUAGCGGGGGUAGUUCUUCCGGGAAGGGUUCUUCUGGAGAAAGCACAGGUUCCUCGACCACCACCCACACGGUGACGGCCGCCCCGAAGCCCACCAGCACCAUAACCGAAGUGAUCGUCGUCUCGACUGUCACCAAGGUCGCAACCACCAGCUACUCGGCCCUCGCCGGAGCAGCCGUGAUUGCAGCCGAGCAGCGCCUCGAAAUCCGCAACAUCGAAGUCCGCGAUUACGAUCUCAACUUCGUCGGAACCUCCACCACCGUGGACGUCUGCAGCGCCGGCUGGAUGUACAACUACGGCGCUCCUUCACCUACCCCUACCGCUUGGUCUGCGAUCCCCAAAUGGGUCUCCUUUUUCUCCGUCCUCACCGUCCACUCAUCCAAGUACUCCGACUGCGUCUACACUAACUCGGCCGCCCCGAGCGAUGGAGACGGCGGUACCCUCGCCUGUGACAAGGGUUUCACCCUCCCCUGUGCUAUCGAGACCGGACCCGUCCUGGGUUGUAAUGAAGAUAUCCUGGCGGGAUAUGAUACCAGUAUCAAGGUGCUGAUCAAUUGUCCCAUCUCUACCAUGACCACUUCCUACUCGACCUAUAGUGCCAGAGUGACGGUGACCACGGAGAUUGAGUAGGGGAGAAUAUCAAUCAUGGGGUUGGGGUUUCUAUUUUUGUAUGUAUAUAUUAAUUUGCAAUCGUGACUUCUGUGGGGGGUAAGUUCCGUAGCCCGUCCGAGGGAAGUUUUCAUAAAAUAGUAUAUUUUCUGCUGUUCGUUCC